CGUGGUUUUCUUUCUGUGUUGGUGGCUGGUCGCUCGUGGCUCGCCAAGGGACUGUAUUUGGGACAACAACAGCUCCGUGAAUGCUCUUCCAGAAGUAUUUGCAGUGCAGGCUCAGGCCUCCUACGGUGAUAGGCCAGUUCCACACCUUGUUCUUCGGCUCGGUGCGGAUGUUCUUCCUGGGCGUUCUUGGCUUUGCCGUCUACGGGAAUGAGGCACUGCACUUCAGCUGCGACCCUGAUCGCCGAGAGCUCAACCUGUACUGCUACAACCAGUUCAGACCCAUAACACCUCAGGUCUUCUGGGCGUUACAACUGGUAACCGUGCUAGUUCCUGGGGCGGUGUUCCACCUCUAUGCAGCCUGUAAGAAUAUUGACCAGGAGGAGAUCCUCGAACGACCCAUCUACACUGUCUUCUAUAUAAUUUCUGUUCUCCUACGCAUCAUUCUGGAAGUCAUCGCCUUCUGGCUACAAAGCCACCUCUUUGGCUUCCAGGUCCACCCACUGUACAUGUGUGAUGCCAGUGCUUUGGAAAAGGCCUUCAAUGUGACUAAGUGCAUGGUACCCGAACACUUUGAAAAAACCAUCUUCCUUAGUGCCAUGUACACCUUCACUGUGAUCACCAUACUUCUCUGUAUUGCUGAGAUAUUUGAAAUACUCUGCCGACGGCUUGGUUAUCUCAACAACCAAUGACACAUACAUACGAGCGCACAUGCACACAAAAAAAUGACUAAGGGUGAAAAUAUAGGACACUAUUUCUGCCAGUUUUUAUCAGGCUCUUUGUUAGCUACUGCUGGACUUUUUUAAAACAGGAAGCUAACGCAAGAGCGAAACCUCACCUGUGGUCCAUCGUGAGUGAGUUGCACAAAGAAAUUUGGGAAUGUGCGAUAAUGUCAGAGCUGGCAAGUCUGAAAUAUUCUCUAGGUGUUUUUUGCCCUUAACUAUAGAGUGAUCACCCCUAGUCGUAUUUCAGAUAUCAGUGGGUCUGUACUGGCUGUGUCCAAGGGUAUUGUAUGGACUUGAUGGCCAGAGAUUAUGCACCUCUGACUCGGAACCGUUGGGGGAUGGGAUAGAAAGAUUUUUGGUUUUCUUUUUUUCCACAAGAUGACUGAAAGAGAGGCGUCAGCUUCAUGGUGCUACUAAAAACUGUGACCUUGGUCAAAUUAGAGCACAAGGAAAGCCCAAUUGUCUUGAACAUGGUGGCCCAUAACAGCUUCAGGGUCCCUAAAACCCUGUUCUUGGAGUUGCACCCAGUUGUACCUCAGAUGUGAUAAUAUUACGGAAGAAACAACCUGGAAGCAUUAGCUGCACACAUUUUUUGCCAUUUGCUUAAGGACCUGGCGUGCACUAAAUGCAUCAAAGUUCAUCAAACCAACUUGAUGCAUCUUCUCUGGACUUUUUUUACUUAUGGAGUGCCAACAUUGGACCCAAACUGCUCUAAUUCAGGAGACUUUUAAAGUCACAGAAAGCUUUGAUGAAAACACAUAAAGUCCUCAUUUAAUGCAAUAACAGCCAACAAUGCAAACAACAUAGCUAGUCACAUAAUUCUUUAUAGAAGUGCAGAUAAAACACUAUAGUCUAGCUUGUCUUACAGGUGCUGAUCAAACAUGACAGGUAGACUAUAGAGCUGUCCAUGGAUUAUCACUUGUGUCAUUCUGAAGAAACUGUGAUUUAGAAACCUUAACCAUGGGCGAGUGAACUGCAGGUGCCAUUGCUCCUGACACUUCCAUGCGUGACAGUUAUCACUUCCAAUAUGUGUCUGUUAUUGCUUCCAGCCCGUUCUGACCUUUACUUCCAUCACCGUGAGCGCCACAACUUUGUUGUGGACCUUUGAUGGGGUUGUCUGCCUUUGAAAAUAUCUGUUUCAGCUUGGUGUGUCUUGAAACAACCUUCAACUUGACCUGUUGAAUUGAGAAAGACUGUCUCAAACAGGCCUCCCAUCUCAUGCGCCAGAAAGACUCAAACAAAUGGCUCAGUUUACUUCUAUAAAAUGUAAGGGCGUCUUUGGACAAUAAUGUAUCUUGACAAUGAUGCCAUCACUAAAAAUGGUCGAAAUGUAGUGUUUUACUCUUUGAGGGUAAAAAUCUCCACCAAGGAUACUAAAUUAAUAUAAAAUGGGUUUGAUGUAAUAAUAAAAAGAAAAGCAAUGAAUGGAACACUUCCAGGCUUAGAUUUUGAAACUUGAAAGAAAUUUAUAGUCUGAAGGAUCAAUGACUUAAAAAACAAUAUUAUUUUAAAUUUAGGUUACAAAUGUGUUGGGAUGAAAAUAUUGAAAAUAUCUAAUAGCAUUACAAGUUACAAUAUUUUUUGAGUCUCUGGAAAAAAUCUAAUGCCAACAAGAAGGAAUACAACACAUUUCUUGUGCAAUAGUACAAACAAAUUGGUUGACAUCCAAUGAUGAAUUGUUCGGACAAGUUCUGGGCAAUGUCAUUGUUUGACAAAAUAGGUACUGAACCGCAUAAUGUGUCCCAACAUCCAAGUAGAGACGGAUGAGGUGUGAGCCAGUGUAAAAAAUAUCACUGUGUAGUGUCGUUCUCAACAGACAUGGACAAAAUCAGCAUAGAAAUUUUGAAGACAUUUUUAGAGAUUCAAGGCCCUAUUGGUCUCAUUUAAUGUAGUAACUAUUAUUUUUAUGGCUGAAAAGCAAACCAAGUGCUCAUUCAGCCUAAAUAUAUUUGAAACGAUCGUUGAGCCUUUGUCCAUGUCUGAUUCUCAACCAUCACUCCUCUACUGUGAAACUCAUCGAGGAUGUCCUCUACCCCCCCACACUCUCUUUAUAUCACCUUUUCUUAGCUUGUGGUAUUACACAAAAUACUUUCCGUAUUUUUGCCUUGGUGUCACUGUCAACGUAUUUUGAAAAUGAUUACCUCUUAUGUUUUGUAAUGUUUUUUUUUUUUUUUUAAUCAGACAUCCAUCCAACUUUUGUUAUGAAGUUUUCAGCAAUCUGUUUAUCAUCUCAGGUACAAAAUUGCAUUACCAGACAAAAGUGGAUCAAACCCUCAUUUCAGAUCCUUUUAAACCCUUAAAUAAGCUUUUCAGCCCUAAGGGACCACUCCAAUUGAUCCCAACCUACAGUACCAAAGGCCUGGUUAGUGUGACAGGGUUUAACAGGAUUUGAAACAGGUAUGUGACUCCUGUGGUUUGGGUUCGUCUGCGUUCUGGUAUCUGUGAGUGGAGGAUGGUUUUAAAUUUUGCCUCUAAAAGUUCUGUCUCCAAGACUUAGGCCUUGUUUACAUUAAAUGAAAAUGUAGAAUUCCACAUCUGUGCUGCUCAGCGGAAGAAUAUGGCGUGUAAAAGGAUUUGAUUAAAUCAGGGGUGGAUUUGCUGGAAACACAGCCCUGGUCCAGAAUCGCCGUAUGACGUAUCAGUCCAGAGUCGGUCCAGUUUAUAAAAUGCAUUACAGGAAGAAAAUAGAGAACUCGGGACAUUAGGCGGUCUUCUCAGCAACUUUUAAGAUGGAGAGAAGGCACGUGACUUAUCAGUUAUCACUUGCCUUGUUUUCCUGCUUUGAUGCCACAUCUCUUUGUUUAUCUCUAGGUCUUCUAGCCUGGUCACACCAGCGUUUAAAACAGCAUAAUUUCAAGGCAAAGUUAAGUCAUUUCAGUAUAUUUGCUGCAAUUAUCAACACAAAUCUUUCACAUUGCGUUCAGCUUUGGUGGAUUUGAAUUUGUACCAUUGACCAAUAGCAAACCAUCUCAUCAGGCUUAGCUUUGUGGGAACGAAUAAUAGCUUAUUAGCUGUGUUGCAUCAUCCUCUGCUCUGCUGGUUUGCUCCAGAGAAUUAUGAGACAUAAGUCGAUGGCGCAAACAUCUCUUCAAUAAAAUGUCACGUCUCUUAAAAUAAUGUACUGUCUGUUUAGCAGCCAAGCUAGCUAACUUACUGACUUACGGUUAUAAAGCCAACUGGCAUGGAGAGCUAUUGUGACUGACUAGCUUGUUUCCAGCUGGAUAACAGAUUAGCAGUUAGUUUGCCAGCUACAGUAGUUUGAGAACUAGCCCAGGCCAAAGACUUUACAUUGUGAUGACGUUACGCAAAUAAAGCUAACUUCUCUGGGCUCUAGGAAAGUUUUACAAAUAUAAAACCUCAGUGAGGGAACCGACCUUGUUUGCAGUUGGAGGUGUCUUGUCAACAGUUCUACAGAUGUCUCUUUUAUAAUGCUGGUGUAUGGGGAAAAUACUUGUUGGGCCGCAGGGGAUUUUGACGUUGCAGUACCAUGAGUGACCGCUAUGGGGAAAAUUGGCAGUAAGACUGAGUGGCAGCGCCGUAUCCAGCUCUAUUAAUACAUCCGUGCUUUCUGGUGUGACCGGGCCAAGAUUCAGUUUUUCUUUUUUAAUAAAAGUUAUUCCAUAGGCUGAAACCAGCGGGCUAGUCUCAGUUAAGAGCUUGUUCAAAUUUGUACAUGAAGCUGUGGUUAACAGUCUUAGAAUGAUUGACUUAUAUUUAGUGACUUGGAAAGCAGAUGACAUAUUUUGACAAGUUUGAGUCAUUGAUAAGAUUCUGGUGAAUAAAGAUUGGAAUGUUUUUGGUCUAAUGCAGAACUUAAGGCUAAACUCUUGUUCUUUUGAUGAACUCAACUGUAAACUGUACUGAGUUGUAAAAUAUCAACAAUGAGCUGAGGGAUAUAGUAUUGGGGUUUUUGGGGAGAACUAUUUACAAAGUCAAGGAGUAUACCUUUAAUAUGUCUUGAUGCUUCGUUUAACCACAAAUAUCAAGAUAAUUUGUGUAAAUUCUUCAAAUAUGAUGCAUCACACAGUACAGUGCAUUGAAAAUCCAUCUUUAAUUUUUUAUAUCUUUGAUUUUUACUAAUGUUAUACGUUAGUUGUGAAAAUGGAGCUAAGACUCAUUUCAUAUUUCAUCAGCUGUUGUCUGUCUUUGUGUUAACAACAUUUCCCCCCCUCAUAAAUGUCUACAACCUCACAGCUAUGUCAAAGAAAAAGAGGCACACUUUAUGACCAACACAUACUCUGUUUGUCUGAGUGCUGCUGUUUACUGUAGGCGACCAGUAAUUCUCCUACUUGUUUUGUCUUGAGAUGAUUGAUUA